AUGUUCAUUAUCUAUCUAUCUAUCUAUCUAUCUAUCUAUCUAUCUAUCUAUCUAUCUAUCUAUUGCAACCUAGCAAGGUUUCCUUUUGGGGGAAAAUUCAACCAGCCGACAUAUCCGUCCACUGAUGAAAGUGGGCGAUUGGUCGGUCGAAUAUUUACGUGGUGGGCAAAGAGAUACGCGAAUCCUAUUGAUGAUGCUGAACAUCGUCGCCAUUUUCUUUGGCAAGAAAGAUCAUAUUUUUUUCAACUCUCACUCAUAUAUUUAGAGGGAUUCGUCUUUUCACGAGAUUCUCGCACUGUCUUCUUUUUUACUCCCUAUUUUCCUGCUGAUGAACAUCGCCUUAAUCUCUCUCCGUGUCGUAGUCACAUUUCGUCACUCCAUGUCUCUCUCUUUCUGACUCUGUUUUACUCUCUAUUAUACGCCUAUUUAUCUACUGAUGUCCCCCGCUACAAUCUCUCCGUGUCGCACUCUCGUCUUGCCUGUCUACGUCUACUCUCUUUCUCUUUCUCUCUCUCUCUCUCAUUGAGUUUUAUAAACUAUGGUCCGUCUAUUUUUCUGCUGAUGACCACCCCCGCUCGAACCUCACUUCGUUUCGCACUCUCGGCUUCUCUUUCUCUACCUCCCCCUCCCGCUCGAACCUCACUUCGUUUCGCACUCUCGGCUUCUCUUUCUCUACGCCCUCUCUCUCUCUCUCUGUUUUAUUCUCUAUGGUCCGUCUAUUUUUCUGCUGAUGACCCCCCCCGCUCGAACCUCACUUUGUUUCGCACUCUCGGCCUCUCUUUCUCUACGUGCCCCUCUCUCUCUCUUUCUGUUUUACUCUUUAUGGCCCGUCUAUUUUUCUGCUGA